AUGUACAUCACUCUCUACUACAUAGUCACCCGCCUCCCUGACUCCCUUCGCGUAGUGAGGGACCACUUUCUCUCAGUCUGUCCCACCACUCUCACUGUUGACCUCCUCGAGAAGGCCCUCCUAGCAACGGAGAAGAGCAUAGUCGCUGUAAGGGCCUCUCGUGGUGACCCGCGCACCCCCAUCUUUGAGGGGUGUUCCCCCUCCCCUCUCUUGCCCUCUGUUGCCUCUGCUGCUGCGGCCGACCUUGUUGGUCUGGAGUCGGUCGGUGCGGCGUCUACCCCUAGUAGGAAGCGUCGCUCUGGCAAGGGCAAGGGGGGCAGGGGCGGUGGAGGAGCUAGCGGGGGUGGUGGAGGCGGCGGUGGAGGCAGUGGAGGGGGUGGGGGUGGUGGUGGGAGUGGUGGCGGGGGUGGAGGUGUCGGUGGCGGCAGUGGAGGCGGAGGCGGCAGCGACGGUGGCGGUGGGAGCGGAGGUGGUGGAGGUGGCGGAGGUGGAGGAGGCGGUGGCGGAGGAGGAGGAGGAGGAGGUCGUGGCUCUUCGCAGAGGAGUGGCUCCGAUGGUGGCCAGCGCCAGCACCAGCAGCGCAGUCGCGAGACCCUGUCCCCUCAGCAGCUCCGUGAGUGGUACUCUGCACGCCAGCGGGGUGGGGGUACUGGUCCGUGCACCUACAUCCUGCGCACCGGCGACCGUGCGGCCUGA